AUUGUGUGCUAAAAUGAUCUCCUAAAAGGUCAAAAGGUUGAUUCGAUCUUCAUCUAUAAGUUUAGGAGCUAAUCUGAACCUUAUUAGUAAUAGCAACAAAGCCUUUUACGCUAUUAUUAUUAGCUAAAACUGAUACCUACUCUGAACUCGACCGCACACAAUCGGCGAUUCCAAACCAUUUUCUUCACCAAUCUCUGUACUAAAAACACCAAAUCCUCGCAACGCUUUCUCUCUCAUCCUCCGAUUCCAUCCACCACCGUGCUCUCCAGCUUCUCCGGCGAUCUCAGGUCAGAGGUAUUCAAUAUGGCUUCAUUCAGAGCAUUCUUGAACAGUCCAGUUGGUCCUAAAACAACUCAUUUCUGGGGACCUGUUGCUAAUUGGGGAUUUGUUGCUGCUGGGUUGGUGGACAUGAAAAAACCUCCGGAAAUGAUUUCUGGAAAUAUGACAGGAGCAAUGUGUAUUUAUUCAGCAUUGUUCAUGAGGUUUGCAUGGAUGGUACAGCCUCGUAACUAUCUACUUCUAGCAUGUCAUGCUUCGAAUGAGACUGUGCAACUCUAUCAAUUUUCUCGUUGGGCAAGGGCUCAAGGGUACCUAUCAUCAGAGAAAAAAGAAAAAGAGUCAUCCGAGUAACUUAAUGUGGCCAAAAGAUACUACAGUAAUUCAAUAUUCCUCCUUUUGCUGCCCAUUUUUCUGAGAUUCUUAUCUUGAUUUUCAGAAAACUGAUGUUAGUUUUGUCAGUUAAAACUCUUUUGAAAAGAACUUGAAUUUGAUUGUACAAGUGAAGCUUGACACCAAUGAUUGUAUGCACUAGUUCUCUCACAUUAGCAUACAAAAUAAGUGAAUUUAUGAUCCAAUAACAUAACUACAAUGCAUUAAUCAUUUAGUUUA